AGCGGAAGGGGUGGAUUUACCUGGCUGCACUGCUGAUCUGACAAAACAGUUGUAAAUAAUGAAGAAUGUAGCAGCUGGCGAAGCUUCAGUGGAGACAGCACCUUACAAAUAUGGGGAUGCGCUUCGUUGUUAUGGCGAUGCUACUGCCAGUGCUAAUGAGGGCAGGAUCAGAAUGCAGGUCCAGCUGUCGACUUAACAAUAUCUCCAUUACUGUCGAAAGUGAGGAAUGUGGCAGCUGCAUCACAAUUGACACCGCUGCAUGUGCCGGGCUCUGCAUAACUCAGGAAAGAGUUUACCGUAGCCCAUUGUUGCAGUACUACCAGAACACCUGUAACUUCAGAGAAUGGACCUACGAGACCUAUGAGUUCAAAGGCUGCCCUGUUGGGGUUGACUCGGUUUUCACCUACCCUGUAGCCCUAACCUGUGAGUGCAGCAAGUGUAACACUGAUAUCACAGACUGUGGAGUUAUCAGCCAGCAGACAACCAGCUGUAAUGCACUUUAGAACCAAAGACCCUGCUCUGUAUGCAUGUUAAAAAGCCCUUGGUAAACAUUUUAAUAUAAACAAAUUUCAACAAGUAAUGGCUUUUCAUGUCAAAUAAUGUAUUGUAAA